UCUCGCGGCGCUCAUUAGAAGCACAGCAGACAGGACAGCGGCAGCGGGAGGGGAGACCAUGAAGGACUUUGAGGCCUCGGUAGCUUUCCUGGGUCAGUGGGGUCGGUUCCAGCAGGUGGUCUUCUUCCUGCUCUGCGCCAGCGUCGUGCCCAAUGGAUUCGGGGCUUUUUCCGUUGUCUUCCUGACCGACACUCCCGCCCACCGCUGCCUCGUCCCCGAGGUCAACCUGACCCAAGACUGGCUCGACGUCAUCAUCCCGAUAGAGGUGGUGGACGGGAAGCAGCAGCUGAGCCGCUGCAGCAGGUUCCGGCUGGACGUGGUCAGGAACCUCUCGGCUCUGGGACUCGCUCCCGCCGUGGAGGUGGACCUCAGCGACCUGCCGCAGGAGACGUGUGUGGACGGUUGGAGCUACAGCAGAGACGUCUACCAGUCCACCAUCGUGUCCCAGUUUGACCUUGUGUGCCGAGACCAGUGGAAGCAGCCGUUCACCUCAACACUUUACUUCCUGGGGGUUCUUUGUGGAUCCUUCUUCUCGGGACUGCUGUCAGACAGGUUUGGAAGGAAGCCGGUUUUGUUUGCCACCAUGGCUAUUCAGACUGUUUUUAUUUUCGUUCAAAUCUUUUCCAACUCAUGGACGGUGUUCGUGGUCCUCCUCUUCAUCAGCGGUUUGGGGCAGAUCUCCAACUACAUAUCUGCCUUCGUGCUGGGCAAUGAGAUCUUGACCGGCCGUGUCCGGGUCCUCUUCUCCUCGCUCGGCGUGUGUCUGGCUUUCGCCUUCGGCUUCAUGAUGCUGCCGCUGUUCGCUUACUUCCUGAGGGACUGGAGGUCUCUGCUGUUGGCGACCUCCCUGCCCAGCCUGCUCUACAUCCCCCUCUGGUGGUGGAUCCCAGAGUCUCCUCGCUGGCUGCUCUCUCGGGGCCGGGUGGAGGAGGCCGAGGCCGCGGUGAGGAAGGCUGCCGAGAUGAACAAAGUGGAGGCUCCGCAGGUCAUCUUUGAAGACCACAGCCUGCACGCCGAUGUGACACAUCUGCACCCGAAGGAGCAAACGAAUGUCUUCGACCUGCUGAGGACGAAGCCCAUCAGAGACACCACAGCCAUCAUGUGCCUGGUGUGGUUCACUCUGAGCACCGGCUACUACACCCUGUCGCUGAACACGUCCCACCUUCACGCCGACCCCUACGUCAGCUGCUUCCUCUCGGCGGCGGCGGAGGUGCCGGCGUACACGCUGAGCUGGCUGGCGCUGCGGUUCCUCCCGCGGCGCCCGUCGGCCGUUGGCAUUUUACUCGUCGGGGGAGCGUCGCUGUACUCGAUUCAGCUGGUGCCCGAAAGUCUGCCCGCACUGUCCACGGCUCUGGGCAUGCUGGGUAAGUGUGUCAUCACCGCUGGCAUAGGCCUGGGGUUUGCUUACACGGCGGAGCUGUACCCCACGGCGCUCAGGAACACCGCCGCGGGGACCCUCACCGCCGUGUCCCGGGUGGGGGGUUGCGUUUCCCCUUUUGUGUUCCAGCUGAGUGUUUACUUUAAGCCCCUCCCCCACAUCGUGAUGGGGACUCUGGCCGUUGUGUCGGCCUUCGCCGCUUUCUUCCUUCCAGAGAGUUUUGGACGACCUCUUCCUCAAACUAUUCAUCAGAUGCCCAGCAGAGAAAGCAUCAGGUGCUUGUUUGCCACAAGAAGAGAACCUUCAAAACCUGCUGCGCUUUCUGAAAGUCGACUCUGAUCGUCAUAAAAUGCUACUCAUUCAUUGCUGCCGCAUAAUUAACUCUAGUUUCACUCGUAUCAAUUCUACUGCACGGACAAACAAUGCAGUGUGUGCUUGUUACCUCACACCAUAAAUAUGUAAAUACCAUUUCAAUCAACUAAAGUAUGAAAUAUGCAGGCGUUCAAUGUGAUUUAAAGAUGUCCCAUAACAUAUUUAAAUCAUUUAAAUCGUUAGAAGAGUGAACAUCAGGGUCGUGUGAAUAUGGGAACAAUUGUAUUGCUGUUGUUAAUGUUUAAUGCAGAUUUUAAAGAUAGAGUUUAAUGCAAUAGAGAAAUGAUGACUCCAAGACGCACAUUACAUUGUUGCAAUGACAGUUAUGCUGCUCAGUCCAGAUGCAGACAACACAAAUCUAGAAAGAAAGAAUCCUCUUGACUCAUUAUAACGGCCCCACUGAGCAGAAACACGGCCGAGCGGUGGAUGUUCUUCCUCCGGUUGUUCACCCUCGUUCAGAGGAGAACUGAAGACUUCCUGCCGGCAGCGUUUCUCUUUUCCUCGCUGUGUGCGAGAGAGUACGGUUUCUUCCUGCAACAUCUGGAGCAGACAGAGGUUUACAGUCGAUUAGCAGACGCACAACAAUGGAAUGAAUGAACGAAGUCUGUGCUUUCACACGCUGAGCUGCUGAUUUUGUUUUAUAGGUUCUUAUCAUAUAACAAUUAUUGUGUAACUUCGGGGGGGGUUCAUGUGACAAAUACAAAAAGUACUAAAUGUUAAUCAGAUGUUUUCUAAAAAAUCUCACAAUUGAUCAGUGAAUGAAUAAUUAUGAUUAAAGUCACCUUAUUUCCUAAUAAG